AUGCGCAGCCCCUGUCAGAUACAUGGCAGGCUCUUCAAAGAGGAUGACCUCCAGGAGCAGAAUGAGAAUCAGGCUUUCCUGGCCUUGAUCGAUGAGAUUUUUGUCUUUAUCCACUUACUUGGGGUCUCAAGCAACACGCUGGUGGCUACCAGCCAUGACAUGCUGACACUCAACAACUGCUUUCUUUUCCAGAGGAAAGGGUCAUUAAUUAUAAUGAUUUUAGGAGGCCCGAAAGAGGAUGUAAGAUUUCAUGAUGAAGGUUUUGCUUAUACUUUUGAGCUUUCGUGUCUGAAACUGACAGAGAUGCCAUGUAAAGCAGCUGCUCAUAGUGCAACAUUAGCAGUUGGUGUCACUAGAGAAAUAACAGACCAGAUCACCACCUCACAGACAGCUCAGAGAUGCGAUAUGGAAAACAAUUCCUGGACUAAGGUAGUGCCUAUAGGUUUGGUCUUCCACAUCAUGGUGACUUGUGGAGGAGUACUGUACUCCCUUGGGGACUGUGCUGACGGAAGAAAAUAGGUCUCUAACACUUUCAAGUACGGUGAUGGGAGGAAAGAGAACUGGACUCUGACUGGGAAAACAAGUAUUCCCACGGAUGCUACUGCUUUGAUCACCAAGGAAAAAAAAGUCAAGCUAAUUUAUAUUGUGACAAGGCAGCUGAAUGGAGGCUUCCUAUAUGUUCAGAUGGUAGACUACUUUGAGACUCAGAUAGGGAAAGUGGUGCAAUACCUCACCUUCCGUAUUGAAUUCAACCAUCAACUGUUGUUGUCUUUAUCCCAGGAGAACAUCCUGAGUGUGCACAGCUCCAAAAAAAAAUUUUUGGAUAUCAACUUGCAGAAAAAGAUGAGCAAAUUCAUGAACAUGGUUGUGAUAUUACCAAAUACCUGCACUUCAGAUUUGUUGCAUGCAGUGUGCUCAGUUGGAGACUACAAGGAGGUCCCUCCUGUUUGGAAACAUUGUUUAUGCAGAUGA